AGAUUGAAAGGUGAUGCAUUUAGUGAGUAGCGAUUACAGAAUUUCUAAAAGGGGGGGGGGGCGGUGGGGAGACGGCGGGGAGGAGGGUUGGAAUUGGCCUCCAGCGCAUCCGAGGUUGUUGCUGCCAGAGAAAUCCAGCAAUAAAGGGCAGCAUUCUUUCACCUUUUCCCCCUCUGAGGCGGAGGGGAACUUCAUUUCCCAGCAGCCCUCAGGCUUCCUCCUCGCACGGCGCAAGCGUCCCGGCGUUCUGCUUUCCGGCGCUCUGCUUUCCGGUGCAUCGUUUACGUCGGUUUGAACCAAAGACUCCCAAGGUUGAGGCCGAGUUCCAGAACAUGGGGUUUCAGGUGUCCAAGCCUUUGGAGUUCUCCAAGAUCGCUGCGUCUCCCGAUACCGCCGCCGUGCCCGCCAAGCCUGCGCCCCCAGCUACACCCGGAGCGCCGACCUCCCCAGCAGAACACAACUGGUUGAAGACUUGCUGGAGCUGUCGAGUGCUUUCUGGGUUGGGGCUGAUGGGGGCGGGCGGGUACGUCUACUGGGAGGCACGGAAACCCAUGAAGAUGGGAUAUCCCCCGGGUCCAUGGACAAUUACGAAGAUGGUCAUCGGCAUCAGCAUUGCCACCUGGGGUAUCGUUGUCAUGGCACACCCCAAAGGGAGGGCCUACCACCAGUGAAUCUGUCUUCUGUCCCUGUCCCCAUGACACACAGAGCAGGCAUGGAGUUUAAUGGAUGUUCUGGACAGACACUUGUCCAUGGACAGACAUCACUACUGUGGAUACUACAGGACUGAAAAGACAAUCAUAUGUUGUCAUUCUCUGGCUGUAGAGUGUUAGUGACCUUCACAGGUUUCACAGGAACCAAUAAAUCCUUAAAGAAGUAAA